AAUGAACGAUCGAAUGAAAAUAGAGAAGUGACAACAACGACAUCUUGAAGAGAGAAAUGGAAAUGCGACUAUCAUCGAUAGUUCUCUCUCCGCCAUUCGAGAGAUCAGUUGAGUCGAAAACUCGUGUGAAACGAGUUUCGUUAUUUUCGAUAUGAAUAGAGAUCGAUGAUCGACGUGAAACAUAUCGACAUCAUUGUAACGAAGAAAUAAAUACGAUGGCAGCCAGGACGAUUCCUUCAUUUAACAAGCACGAAAGUUACGUAAAUUCCUCUGUAUAAAUACGCUCGUCUAUUUUUCUUCUUGAUAUUACUAAAGGUGUGCGUAUUGAUGUACAUACAAUGUGCCGGAGAUUGACGUAUGUUGGUUAAAGAAUGUGGAUUACAAAGGAGAUUUGAACAAUUGUUAUACCGACAUCUGUUCUAAACAAGUUUUAUAUCAUGAAAGAUAAAUCAGAGGAAGAUCGAAAUAAUUCUCGUACAAUAAUUUCGAACGAAGCAAUAUGAGAGUAAUUUAUUUAUUUAAAUACUUGUCAAUUCAUUGUGCCGAACUCGCAAUCACAUAGAAGUUUGAACAAAUCUUGUGGCGAAUGAGGUGUCGUGCACCCAAUUGAAUAGCACAAUGACGUAGAUGAAAACGGAAAAUUUGAUCUGAAGGGAAAAUAAACAGAAUAAACACAAUAAAGAAGAUCAGCAUGUAUCAAUUACUACAUCUUCGUAGUCGCCCUUUGCGAACGCUUAUUUUAGGAUUGAUCUGUUUGACUUUCUAUGCAUACUAUCGCACCACUUUCUAUGAUGUUCCUCAGUAUACUGUACCACGAAACAUUAGUCGAUCUGCAUCUCAGGAGAUUUAUAAGCAACGAUCAAAUGCCAGUGUAGAGAUUCACAUAGGAGUUUUGUCCAAGAAUGACUCUCCAGAAUUAUCUGUCAUUGAGCCUUACAGUGUACAGAAUGCUAAUCUCUCAAAUGUUGUGAUUACUAUACAGUCAACGUCUUCUAGUUCUCAAGUUGCAAACAUAUCAGUUGUUCCCAAGCAAAGUAGUGAAAAACCAUCGACUCAAAUGGAAAAGAUUGUGAACGAGACUAAAGCUGUCUCUGUGCUUCCUAAUGAGUAUUCUGCACGUGCUAUUUAUGAAGCUGGCCAUAUGGUACCAAUUCCAGAAAGAUGUCCAAAUUUUGGUAAAGAAAUGGAUCUGGUAAUAAUAAUAAUGUCUGCGCCAACUCAUCUAGAUGCUAGAAUGGCAAUACGACAAACAUGGGGCCACUUUGGUCAGAGAACCGAUAUUAGUAUCUUGUUCAUGUUAGGUGCAACUAUAGAUUCCAAAGUGGAAACAAUUUUAAGAAAAGAACAGAAAACCUACAACGACGUGAUACGAGGAAAAUUUUUAGAUUCCUAUUCCAACUUGACGCUUAAAACAAUCUCUACUCUUGAAUGGGUAGAUAGUUAUUGCUCCAAGGUUAAAUUUAUUUUAAAGACUGAUGACGACAUGUUUAUUAAUGUUCCACGUUUACAAGCUUUCACAAUUAAGCAUGCAAAAGACAAGAACGUAAUAUUUGGUAGACUAGCUAAAAAAUGGAAGCCAAUUAGGAACAAAAAAAGCAAGUACUAUGUAUCUCAAGCGCAAUUUGAACAUGCUACUUUUCCAGACUUCACUACUGGACCAGCAUAUCUUUUGUCCAGCGAUAUCGUACGAAAAUUGUACGAUACGGCAUUAGACCAAACAUACCUGAAACUUGAAGAUGUUUUUGUGACUGGUAUAGUGGCAAACAAGCUGGGAAUCAAAAGGACGCAUGCGAACGAAUUUUUAAAUAAAAAGAUAUCGUAUAGUGCAUGUAAUGUACAACGAGGUAUUAGUAUUCACAUGGUCAAGUAUAGCGAACAAUUUGAUCUGUGGAAAAAACUACUUGAUGGCAAAAGCAAGUGUAAAUGAUAAAUAACAGCGAAGAAAGUAGGUGUUUGAGAUUUGCAAAUCACAACAAAUUAUGUCGUUCGAUAAUUGGUUGAGAUACAUCAUUCAACUGUGCUCACAGUUACAGAAAACAAAUAAUGAUAGUAUUCAUACUAUCAUUGUAUUAUAAUGAUAUUAUCAUAGUAUAGUAGAAUUUCUUUAUUAUAGUAUUUAUAUUAUA